AUGGAACCAGACGAUGUUGAUUUUGAGGACAAGGAGAUAUUAAACUGGGACAUUAAUGACAUGAAACUGCCACAGAAUGUGAAAAAAACCAACUGGUUCCAGGAAUGGCCAGAUUCCUAUGCAAAGUAUAUCUACAGCUCAGAAGACAGGAGUGCACAGAGGCACCUGAGCAGCUGGGCCAUGCGUAACACCAAUAACCACAACUCUCGCAUCCUCAAGAAAUCCUGCCUGGGUGUGGUGGUGUGCAGCCGUGACUGCUCUGCCGAGGAAGGCCGCAAGAUCUACCUGCGCCCUGCCAUCUGUGACAAAGCCCGGCAGAAGCAACAGAGGAAACAUUGUCCCAACUGUGAUGGGCCUCUGAAGCUAAUUCCUUGCCGGGGCCAUGGGGGCUUUCCAGUCACCAACUUCUGGAGGCAUGAUGGACCCUUCAUCUUUUUCCAGUCAAAGGGAGAGCAUGAUCAUCCAAAACCAGAAACCAAAGUAGAAGCAGAGGCAAGAAGAGCAAGGAAGAAAGUGCACAGCGAGACUUCCUCUGCCUCUCUGAAGCUGAAGGGGAGCUCAGAGACAAAGGCUCUUCCAGGUGAAACAAAAAGCCGUGAAAGUUUGCCUUUAACUUGGUCUUUCCAAGAAGGUAUCCAAUUGCCUGGUAGUUACAGCGGACCCUUACUUUCUAACGCUCCCCAGCAGAGGUCACUGAAUGGUUGUUUAUCCUUCUCCAAGAGUUAUGUUUUUGGGGGGACGACUGAUCUGCCUGAUGCCCCUUCCAGCUUGGGUCCCACUAAGCUCUAUGAAAAAUGCAAAUUGUCUAAUAGUAGGAUCUACAGUAGUGCAGACCUGCUUCAGCCUUCUGUCUCUGGAAUCUACCCGGAUUAUGAAGAUCUGCAAGCAUGGAAUAAAAAUGUGGCUUUGGGGAGAAAUCCUCUUAAUGACAAAUGUUGCCCCAGUUAUACUUUUCCUCUGGUCAGCUGGCCUUAUGACUUCUCCCCUUCUCUGAACUCUUCAGAAUCCUGUUUCCAGCAGAUUCCUGUGGAACCACCUGCAGUCAAAACUAGCUGUCACCAAUUAUGGCCAAACCCAGGGGCUGAUCUUUAUGAAGAGAAGGUGCAUGUAGAUUUUAACAGCUAUAUCCCUUCCACCUCAUACCAUUCACCUCAGGAGGAUCCUUUUCUCCUCACCUAUGGCCCUCAUCCUCACCAUCAAUAUUCCCUGCCAGGUAAGAGCAGUAAAUGGGAUCUUGAUGAAGAAAUGAGAUACAUGGGUUUAGACCGUUGCAACAGUGAAAUGCUUCUAAACCUCUGUCCUUUAAGAUGA